UUAUAGAAUGUUGAUUAGUUGAUUUUAUAUAUUUAAGAAAAAAAAAAUUAAAAAAAGUAAAUAAUAAUGUAUUUUUCCGUUUUUCUAUAAAAUUAGAAAAAUUUUCUAAUAAUAUAAAAAGGGAAGAGUGCUAAUAUAAUUUUUUCAAUAAAAAAAAUUAUGUGGGUGUGACCAAAUGUUUUAAAUAAAAACUAUAAAUAACUUUAAAAAAAGAGACACAAUAAAUACGAAUUUCCGAUUGGAGUUAUUCAAAAUAAAAGAAUCACAAUAAGAGUUGAUGAAUUUUGUUAUUGCAAUAACGAAACAACAAACAAAAAGAAAUUAAAUUAUUAAGCGUUUAAAUUUUUAUGAAAUUUAACAUGCAUAAUAUUGAUAGUUAUGGGGAUCCAUCAAUUAUGGAACCGCUGGACUCCUUAACAACAAUCAAGACUGAAAUAUCGGAUGCAAUAAAACCGGACCUUGUUAACGAUGCUGAAUUUAAUUCAAUACCAAUAUUACCACCGGAUCAAACAGCAUUACAUUCGCUUCAUAGUAGUAAUGGUAAAAUGAAAUUAUCAUUUCAUUUAAUGGGGCGUGAUGAAAAUCUUUUAAUUACAACGGAAGAAGAAUUUUAUAAUAAAUUACGUUGUACAGAAAAUGAUAAGAUUAAAGUUGUUACAAUUUUUGGAAAUACUGGUGAUGGAAAAUCUCAUACCAUGAAUCAUAUAUUUUUUGAUGGUGAAGAGAUUUUUAAAACUUCAUCGGAUCAAACAUCGUGUACUGUUGGAGUAAUGGCGGCAAUGCAACGUCGAAUGGGUGUUUUAUGCAUAGAUACUGAAGGUUUCUUAGGUACAAAUUCGAAUCCUGAUCGUAUAAAGAGAAUGCUUCUCAAAAUUUUAGCCAUAUCAGAUAUUAUAAUAUUUCGAACACGUUGUGAACGUUUACGUCGCGAUAUGUAUCAGUUUUUAGACACUGCUUCAAAAGCAUUUCAUAGGCAUUUUACCUCAGCUUUACAAUCAUUAGAUGUUUCGGAAUCACCAAGAUCAUUAGGCCCUGGCAUUAUAAUAUUCCAUGAAACUAGAUAUACAAAACCUCUUGAAUCAACAUUAAGUGAAAGUGUUGAGGAUCAAAUAAGGACAAAUUUUCGUAAAUUAAAUAUGAACAUAGAUUCGUUUAGUUCAUUACAAUAUAUAGGUAUUCAAACUGAAGGUACUAAAUCGACAAAUUAUAAAAGAAUAAAAGAUGUUAUAAAAGCUGAAAUAGCUAAUACAACAGUAAGAUCUCAUAGACAACCAAAGGUUAUUUUCAAAGCAAUACGUGCAUUAAAUUUAAAAUUUUCUGGGGAAAUUGCUGAUAGAGAUAUAAAUCCAUUUCCAGAGCAAUAUUUUUCUUGUAAUAACAAAUGUGAAUCCUGUGAUAAAAGAUGCGAACGUUCAAUGGGUCAUUUAAAUGAUGGAGAAGAACAUGAAAACUCACAAUUGUGUGUGUAUCAACAUCAAUUGGACAAUAAAGUAUAUUUAUGUAAAAAAUGUCACAAAAAUGGUAAAAAGGUUAUUGUAACAAGUAAUCUCCAAUCAAGCACAGAGAGUUCAUGGACAGGACUUGCUAAAUAUGCAUGGAAAGGUGCUGUAAUUGAAUGUCCAAAUUGUGGAGAAAUUUACAGAUCACGACAAUAUUGGUAUGGAAACAAGUCGCCAGAGGAUAUUGCAGUUAGAUCCGAAAUAGUUCAUGUUUGGAAAGGAAGAAGUAUCAAAUCAAAAGAUGAGGUACCUUCUGGUCAAAUUUUACUUGACAGUGUGAAUUACAUUAGUGGAGCUAUUGGUAAUGUUGUUCAACAACCGACAAAAGCUAUUACUGAUUGGGUAGCUGACAAGACUGCACCGAGUUAUUGGAUACCAAAUUCGGAAAUCAUGCACUGCCAUAAUUGUCGGAAAAAUUUUGAAAAAACUGGUUUACUUAAACAUCAUUGCCGUUGUUGUGGACAAGGAUUUUGUCAUAAUUGUUCUAAGCACAAAAUGCCCGUACCUCAUCGAGGCUGGGGGGAUGUAAAUGUUCGUGUAUGUGAUGAAUGCAGACAACAAUUGAUUAAAGGGGACUCCAAAAUAUCUAAUUCUCAAAAUGGUGACGAAAAUGAUAUAACUGUUCGUAAAUAUGGGGAAUCAGUUAUUAGCGCUUUAUCACAAGUAGCAGUAGUUUUAGAAUAUCCGAAAGAUUUUAUAAAAGAUAGUGCACGACCUUCCUAUUGGGUAAAAGAUUCUGAUGCACCAAAUUGUGCAAUAUGUAAGAUAUUAUUUGGUACUGCGGAAGAGCUGGAAAAAUUUGCAAAAAAUUGUCAGAAUGCAGAAAAGCCUGUAAGGCAAAUUCCUGGAAAUAACUGGCGGCAUCAUUGUAGACAGUGUGGUGAAGCAGUAUGUGAUAAUUGUUCAAUGAAUCGGCGACCGGUACCAGAACGAAACUGGCCAGGUGAUGUUCGUGUUUGUGAUGUGUGCUAUAAAGAGAAAGCAAAAAUGAAUUGACAGUUAAAUUUAACCUGAAAAAUUAAAUACAUUAUAUUGUUGCUCCAUUUUUAAAUAUGAAAAAAAAAAAAUAAAAAAAUGUUACUAAAAAACAGCACAGUAUGAUUUUUAGAGUAGGUGAUGGUGUUAUUUAAAAAAAUAAGUCUUAUUAUCUAGUUUGCUUAUUUAAAAUUUCAAACGAUAAAAUAGAUAAUGUGAUAUGUAAAUUAGAAAUAUAUUUGCAAACAUUUUAU